UUGGAGCAUUGAUUCUAUCUUCAAUUUCUUCCGACAAUCAUGGGAAUUGAAAUUUUAUUAAAUUCAUCAACCGAAUAACUAGGGCUCUUUGUCGCUGCUAUCGAACUGCGGGUCGAUGUUAGGAGUAGAGUAGAAAUAUUUAUGGGAAAUUAAACCACUGUUGCCAUUGUGCGUCACUGUCAAAGGACCGGACGGAGCAGAUAUAAGCUGACAAAUCCUGGGAUUCGGAAAGAUCAUCUUCAGUUCUGUGUAGUAGGGAAAAUUGGAAAUGGAUAAGGUUCUCACAGUGGGCGAGAAUGUCGACAGGUUCAUACCGCCGGCGCCGGCGGACAAGAUGAUGAUGAGCCGUAGCCCCUCCGAGUAUGCCUUCCAGCGAUUCCUCCAGGAAGCCACCGCCUCCGUUGAUCACACUUUGUCUUCUUCACCUCCUGCUUCUUGUUCUUCUACUUCUGCUGCUGCUGCUGCCUCUGGUCGGCAGCGGUUGCCGCAGAACGACGUCGUCGAGGUUUCGGAUCGGAAUCUCGGAGCUGAUCGGGAUGUGAAAUUCGGUCACGAGAGCUCCGGGGCGGAGUCGGCGGCGGAAACCGCGAAGACGACGUCGUUUGGUGCGGGACCUGCCGCUAAUGUUCCCAUUGGUUCAGAGGACUAUCAGACAUUCCUCAAAAGUCGUCUCUAUUUAGCCUGCGCCGCCGUAGCUUUCUCGCGUGUAAUUCUUAUUGUUGAAUCUGUCAACGAAUCCAAUAUAUGGCUCACUGAACUGUUUAAGGGUGCCAUAGGGAGAGCGGUUGGUAAAGCUAUAACCUGCGCCAACCUUAGCAUUGUCAAAUGGGUGCUUGGAAAGCUUGUAACAAUCUUGGAUCAUUGGAUUGUUACUCUAGCAAAUAAGAGAAAUAGGGUUAAGAGAAAUUCAUAG